AUGGAGAUCUCCAUGGACGCGCUGCUAGGCGUGCAGCGGCACGGGCAGGACCUGGCCUACAGGCUCGCGCAGGGCGUCUCGGGCCUCCUCCUCCACGUGCAGCCGCCGCAGCUCCCGUGGCCCGCCCCGCCGUUGCCGCUCAAGCUCAUCCCCUUCGACAUCGAGCUCCCCGCCGUGCCCUUCGUCGGCGGCGGGGGCGUCGACCUCCCCGCCGUGGCCGUCGCCUCCUUCGUCGAGAUCGGCGGCCGGCUCGGGCAGGCGGGCUCCGACCUCGGCGCCUCUGUCGACUGCGCCGUGCAGCAGCUGUCGCGGCAGAUUCCCGUGUUGUUCCGCGCGGAGGGCGCACGGCGCCGGAACUGGGAGGGGGCCGCUGCGCCGCCAACGCCUGCCGCGGUGCAAGAGGGGGAGGCGGGGCUCGCUGCGGAGAGGGCUGCCGAGGGCUGCGGGGUAGCCUUGGAGGGUGUCGGGGAAAGGGAUUCCCUCGAGGAGGUGGCUGCGGCGGUCGCGGAGGCCACUGGAAGUGCCGCCGCCGCCAGUGUGGUCGGUGUCGGGGCUGACGGUGCGGAUGGGUCGGAUGAAGACGAAGACGGGUUCGAGUUCGAGAUUGGGACUCUGAGGAGAUUUAUGAAGCCUCAGAUUUAUGAUGGGUUUUUGUACAGGUUUAGAGUGUAA